CACAACCUGCGUGACGUACACGCUCGGCCGUGUCACGUGACCGAGCGCUCCACCGCUCCGGCCGUAGUAGGUGUAGCGUAGCGUCAGCGCGCUACCAGACCAAGCAAGUUGCGCUCCAUGGCGACCGCGGUAGUGGCCGUGGUGCUUCUGUGAGAGACGGCGACGGCGCAUCGCGCAACGAGCGACCGCGACGGUGAGCGCGCCCGUACGCACGCACGCAGCCACGCACGAAGGGACGAAACCGCGCCCAGAGCUCGCGACCGGAGAGCGCCGAUCCAGAUGGAGGUGAAUCCGCGUUCAUACCCGGACGAUCGACGGCGUCGCGUCGCCGCGGUCCCACCGUUGCCCGAGAGGAUCUAGCGCGAUUAAUUCCGGCGCUCGACUCAGCGCAUGAUCGAUCGAUCGGCGUCGUCGGCGAUGAUCUACGAAGGAGCGGCGCUAGAGUAAUCGGUGCGCUUGAUCCCGCGCUACUCCGACCUCGACGUAAUUUCGAAACGCGUGAAAGACAAAGGAGAAGUCGAGGAAGCACGCUGGUAACGCAGCGGGACGGUCGUGCGCUCGCGAUUUACGUGAAAACGAGAGGAAUCGGCGAGCGAGCGAGCGAACGCGAGUAACGGCGGCGUAGCGCACGGUUCGUUGCCGCCGCGGUCCCUCGCGCGUGAAAGAGCGGGAGGUUAACGCACGAAUUUUCGAACCUGAACGCGCGCCCGCGUUCCUCCAGGUGGCAUCGGUAAGUUGAAGCUAGCAGUGGUAACCGUCGCGGAGAGACCGUUCCGCCUCGACCCUCGUCUUCUUCGUGGCGUCGUGUUGUCGCGCGUCGAUUUACGCACGACACUCACCCGCACACACGUAUACGUGUGAAGGGCGCGAUGCUGAUGAGUGGGUGUAACGCGGUGCGAGCGGUGAAUGGUCGGGUCGUGACGAGAAUUUAAAAACGCAGCCAAGCCAGCACGCGCGCGUCGCUGGAUCGACGCAAUCGGAGAUCGCGAUAAAGAUACGGAAGCGUCUUUUGUCUUUUUCGAAUCUGAAAUUUAAAGCGGGCUCGUGCAUUGUCUGUUCUGCGACUUUUCGCGCGAAAUGUACUGAGAAAUAGCAAUGAUGAAACAGUAGGAAUAAUUUGUCAGAGUUCGCAGCUUUAACUCGACGUUGAGACGAGAUAAGAGAAUUGAGAGGCUUGUAAGUUAUAAAAAACUUAAAUAAACAAUAAAUAGUGUAAACACACAGAAAGGUUUCUCAAACUGAAGUUUAUACAUGAAAAUAGCUAAUAAAAUGUAUUUAAGUCAAUUUCAGUUAAUCUUCCUAAAGAAAAAUCAAUGUAAAUACUUUAAUUAAUUAAGAUAAAGAUGCAAAGAUGUGUCUUUGUUUUGGAUUUCCAAAUAUUAUAUCUUCUUUUAAUGAUAUUUCUUUAUUGAUUAUUCUUAUAAUGAUCUUUUACGAAAAAGAUAGCACUGAAGCAAAGUAGCUCGUUAACUAUUUGACGUUUUCGGUUUUUGGUCAGGCACUUUCACAAAUGCUUUCUCAAAAUACCUCAUGACUGAUAUCUCUUGCAACACCGUGAUCAUUUGCAUAAAUAAAAUUGUAGAAACGGCUGUCUCCACUAUUAAAGUCCUCCGAUUGUCCUGCAGGGACGGAACUACCGGAUAAUCACGGUUCAUCACACGAAGAUCGAGGUGAGCAUUCCUUCGCACGGAUAAUCGUCGCUCGAAGCUCACGCUUAAGCUGGUGGCUAGUGAAAGUAUCACAUGUUGCGCGGUGUGAAGCGCCAAGACCGUUGCCGCGGGUCGGAUCGUCGAAUGACGCAUCCGAGGAUCAGUCGGUGAUAAGCGAAUGAUUCUCGCGAAGCAAACGCCUCAUCAACGCGAGGAACCGCUCUACUUGUGCUCGUGUACACGUUGUGACUCGUUGGUUCAUCUCGAGGACUGUAAUAUCGAGAAAUUGUGUGAAGGACAGCGCAGCUUCGUUCAGGAAGCGGUGCAGGCACCGAUCGCCGUUGGCUCACGCGACGUUCCUCAGCCUGCAGCGUCGAUCCGUUCGCCGUGAGUAUCCUCGUGAUCGAAGUGAUUCAAAUAGUGGCCGAUAGUGAUUCAUUGCGGUGAAGGUGAAGGUUCAUCUGACUAAGUGAUCGUAUUCAUCGAUGAUUCGGACCGCCUGACGCCGAUAUGCGCCGAAAAAUGUCCUGGCUGUGCAUCUCGCUGGCGAUCCUGGCCGUUCUGAGUCCGGGUGUCCGGCCGGACAACAGAUAUGAGCCAACGUCGAUUCAUUACACGGAACCCACGACGCGCGGAUACGUGAACGUCAGCGUGGUAAGCAACGGCCUGUACGAGAUACACGGAGGCCGCAUCGUUCGCGAUCAGAAAUUACUAGCGAGAUCAAAGAGCCCUUACUUGCUGCGCGAGGACCUGUUCGUCGAGAGGAAUGCCGAGCUCGUCAUCGAACCCGGUGUGGAGAUCCGCUUCGGACCGAUGGUUGGCAUCACAGUCCGCGGCAUCGUAACUGCCAAGGGUGAAUCACAUGCGCCGAUUCUCCUGACUGCUGCGGAAGUGGAGACGCAAGUCCCAGCUAUUCAGACAUCACCUUUGAUACGCCUUGUCGACGGACCGAGUCCGUUAGCGGGAAGAUUGCAGCUGUUUCAUCGGGGCGACUGGCGUUCCGUUUGCACGAACUCGCGGAAUUGGACUCGUGCAGACUUGGAGACGGCUUGCCGACAACUCGGUUAUCAGGGCGGACAGUGGUGGUCGUGGAUCGACAGACAGUGGCCCUCUAAACCGCGUCUUCUUUACGAAGAGCCUGGUUGUCGGGGUACCGAGCCUUCGCUCGUAAACUGCGAUCGUUGGUCGGAGAGACAAUUGGGCGCCGGUGUUUGUGAUUAUCAUCCGGACCUGGGUAUCUCUUGCCUGCCGCAUCACGAUGGUGCGACCAAGGCGAUUAAGCACUGGCGAGGGAUACGAUUCGAGGACGCGUUGUACGAUAAACCGCUCAUCCAGGAGAACACAGUUUACGUGCGUCGAUCCAGGUCCAUUCUACGAAACGUGGUGAUCGAAUAUGCCGGGACCGGUAGAGAAUAUAACGUGACGUCGGCAAUCCACGCGGAAGGCGUACCGCCGAGAAUGGAAUCCAUCUCCGUUCUCCAUUCUGCUUUCACGGGCAUUAAUGUUACUGCGCCGAAGGGGCCGGUUGUGAUAAACAACUCCACCUUGCAGUAUAACAAAGGAUAUGGAAUUUACGUGAAUAGUUCAUCCGGGAUGGCAUACAUCAGCGAUUGUACGAUUCUCGAGAACGGAGCGGAUGGGAUAAAGUACGUGCACUCAGACGAGCGACCGGACGACAAGCUGGAUCGUACCGACAUAUUUGAUCUGUGCACCUUCCCUACGACGGCCAGUCAAACCUUCCCCGUGACGAUAUCGAUGGAACAGAGCAAAUACGCGCCUUACGUAAAACAAUGUCCACAACACAUUUUCACGAGGCCGGGCCACGUUCUGACACUGCACUUUCUGCAAAUGAAAACUGACAGGAACGACAGCGCCGUCGUGGAGGUGUACGAUGGCAUAAGUGGAGCGGAGAGGCUCCUGGCCAGCGUCAAAGUCAGGAACGGCACGUUACCGCAAAGUGUGACCUCGACGCGUCAGAAUCUCUUCGUGAAAUUCACAGCUGAGCCGCGGACGAACACGAUCGUGUUCGUGCGAUUGUCAUCAGGUUACAAAAAAACGUACGACCUUAAUGUGACUGGCAGUACAAUUGCGGGUAACAACGGCCGCGGUAUCGCCGUGGAGAAGCUAAGGUCCGCGCUGCACAUUCACGAGACUUCGGUGUCGAAUAACGAGCACGUGGCUGGCGUGCACGUACUGGGCGGCGCGAUGGACGUCAACAUCACCGGCAGUCGUAUCUCGUUCAAUCAGGGCGACGGUGUCAACAUCACCGUUACGGGCGGCAAUCGUAACGUGUCGCGUAGCAGUAUAUCGUCGAACCGCGGUUACGGUUUCGCGGUGUGGCUCAACGACAGCUCCACCACCGAGUACGUGCAUUUCAAUCAGUCGACCGUGAUCGAGUACUCGCAGAUAUUUCGCAAUAAGGGUAUCGGUGUUCUGGUUGGCAAUUCAACCGGCAACUCGUACGUGAAUAUAACCGGUAACUGGUUUAACACGAGCCUCGAGACGGCGCUACAGGUGGCGUCUAAUUGGCGGAAGGACGACGGUUUGAUGAGAUUGCAAAUCGGACACAACUUCUUUGUGAGAAACGCGAAACUGGGGAUCAAGCUGAGCCCGGCGCUCAAUCUCGACGCUGUCAUAGAGUACAAUCACUUCAGGGAUCAGUCGAGCGGCGCGAUACUGAUAAGAAACCCGCUCUACGAAGAGUUCAACAUUCUGCCCGUGGACAUCGCGAUGCGGCAUAACGAGUUCUACAAUAAUCAGGGCACUUUCGUGGCCAGCAUCGGUUUGUCGCCUUACAGCGACGUGCAGAGACUCCUGUUUACCAGGAACUUCUUGCGUGAGAACCGCGUACGAGAGCUGUUCGAUGACGGUAGCACGUUAAACGUCAAGUUGAUACCACGCUCGCGGGUAGCCGCCGUGGUUGUCGUAUCCUCGAGUAACGUCGAAGUCUUCCGUAACAUCUUGAACAACCCCGAGUCACGCUACGAGAUCGGCUCUCACCUGGCGGAUCAGAGCAAGGUCAUUAAUUGCACUUACAACUGGCUGGGCUCCGGGGAAGAAAAAAGGAUAUUCGAUCGAUUAUUCCACAGGAAGGACAGAUACAAUCUCGCUAAGAUCGAGUACCUGCCUUACCUGCUGCAUAGCAGUAAUCCCGGCGCGAACACCAUCAUUGCAAAUCCGACGUUCGUGCCGCAAUUUGUCACACCUGGCACCAAUCUAGUCGGCGGUGAGGUGGACGGCCAGGAGGAGUUGCGACCCGGAGAGUACAUUGUCGAGCGCGACAUCAACGUGAGGCCAGGCGGCAAGUUGAUACUACAACCGGGCGUUACGUUGCGUUUCCCACCAGCCGUGGGGAUGAUGGUCGCCGGUAAGUUCGAUGCGCGCGGCAAAGGGCCCAGUGAUAUCCUGUUCACUCUGAAAGAGGAGCUCGUGCCACCGAAAAAUGAAACUCUCGAGGAAGAAGGAGAAAAUGUGCCAAUUGAGGAGACCGAGUCUGUGCCAGUAAGGCUUCUUGGCGGCAGGACGAACCUCGAAGGAAGACUACAGAUAAAAAUUGGAAACAAAUGGGGCACCGUGUGUAACUACGGAUGGACGAUUCUGGACGCAGCGCUCGUCUGCCAUCAGUUGGACUUCGUCCUCGAUUUUGAAAAUUGGUUCAUGGAACCGUCGCAUAUACCGAACGCAGGAAUCAACGAGGAUAUACUCUUCAGUAAUGUUCGGUGCACCGAAGACGACAACGAUAUAACGAAGUGUCAGGCGGAGAGGGAACAGGAAUUUGAGAACUCGUGCACUCACGCAAACGACGUUGGCGUCAGGUGCUUGGAGGUCGCAUGGGCCGGUCUCAGACUGGGGCCAUUGGCUCAAAGAAGCGACUUGCAGUAUGUGACGAUCGAAAAAGCAGGCUUACUAGAUUACAAAACGAGCGCAUUCAAACCAGCUUUGCAAAUUGAUUUUGCCCGACAUUCACUGGACGGUAUCAAGAUUAUUAACAAUCUGCAAGACGGCCUAGGCAUUCUGUAUUCGGACAUUUAUUCAGCCGACGCGAUAAAUCUGGUGACAAAUAGCGACUUCUCUCAGAAUGGUGGCAACGGCAUCAGCUUCAAGCAACUGGGCCUGCGAAUAUUCAAUUCGCGAAUCGAGAACAACAAAGUCGCGGGGAUCAGGUACAAUCCCGCUCUCUCAGCCGUACAGCAGAGAGAAUUCGCGGGAUGGUUCUUACGCGCGCCGGACAGCACGAUCGAUUCGCCGUACAAUCCUAUAAUCUUACCGGGGAUGAGCGGCAACAUCGAGUUCACAACCCUGGAAACCAAAUACAUCAUAACGAACAAAGUAAUCGGCGAAUCGAUCCGUCGUACCAUCAACAUCAAAUGCACACCAGGUUACGUCCUCGGAAUCCAAUUGCUGAACCCGAUAGAGAAUCGAAGCACCGAGCAGAUUAUACUACACGACUCGCAACAGUUCAACAUCAAUCAGACGAGCUGGCACGUGAAGCGGGACUUGAGCGUCUUCCCCGUCUCGUCCAGCUCCUUCGUAGUAAUUCUGGAAUACGAGAGCGGUGCGAAUGCUGUCGGUGGCGUUGUCAUGGCUAUCACGCCGCUGUUGUCUCCGAAGCAGAACAUUCGCAACAAGAUAGUCGGCGGGCCGAUCCCCUCGUUAAUCGUGACGAAGACGAGAAUCAAGAGCAAUCAGAAAGGGCUGCUCGCGUCCUACUACAAUCGAUACUUGAACGAGAUCGGCGAUCACUUCCUGCGAAAGGCCAACGAGACCAUCCAGUUGAUCGGAUGCGAGAUAUCGCAUAAUUACGAGGAGGCCGUGUACGUGUACUCGCCGCACUGGAACAUUUUCCAGUCGAAUCUGUCCGAGAUCUCGAUUCACAUAAACGGCAGUCUGAUCACGGACAACGGUAAAGGGAUACAUCAGUUCAGUCGCGACGCCCGGCACUCCAACAAUCUGUUUCACUGGAUAAUGCAGGACAGCACCAUCGAGCGGAACCGUGGCGGUGGCUUCGAGGUGUUACUGCCGGACGUCUGGCAGUACAACGAGAACUUCACGCACUCUCUGUAUUUCGGGAACAAUACCUGGCGGAACAACGAGCAGUUCGGGUUCGUGGUGGACGGACAUUUCGCUCACUUGAACAUCUCCCACAACCGUUUCGACAGCAACCGCUGCAAGACCGGCCUGAUAUCCGUCCGCGGAAUGGAAAAGCGGAUCAGAAUCGACAACAAUCGUAUUGACGGUAACAGCGGUGCUUUCAUGGUUGAGUUCCGUAUGGACAGCCAGUCUGAGAUCCUCGGCGAUGUCGACGCGCGUUUCUACUACAAUGAGAUCAAACGAAACACGUACGACAUCGCCAGCAUGGGACCACGCCGGACGUUCGACGAUCCCAGCUACGUCGUCGGCUUCCACGGUAGACAGAAGGUGCGAGUUAACAGGAAUCUUUUUGGCGAGAACUCGCUGGAUUACGAGUUACUGGCGGGGAUCAGGACGGCUAAGAUCAACAACGAGGUGGACGUCGUGGAGAAUUGGUGGGGCACCGCGAACAACACUAUUAUCAAGCAAAGAAUUUUCGAUUUCGACGACUGGAACGAUCACGCCGUAGCCACUUAUCGGCCAUACCUGAUAAGUGACUCGUUGGACGCGUCCAUUUCCGCAUCGUGGCACAUAAAUCAGGAGAUCGACUUGAACAACCUAGGCGGCCGUAUAGUAGAGAACCUCUCGCUGCACGCAAGGCCGGAGCCCUACGUGAUACGUUCGGACAUCACGAUUAUGCCAGAGGCUACUCUGCACAUCUAUCCCGACGUCGUGAUGGAAUUUGCUCCCAAUGUCGGAAUCCUAGUUUUGGGAACGUUGAAGGCCGUUGGCGCGCUCGGCCACGAAAUCCUGAUGAGACCGAUGAAACGAGCGGCUGCAAACGAUUCCACGUUCGCUAAACCGUCGCCGAGGAGAUCCGCUAAUCUCGUUUCCAUGCCGGAUGAGACGAUACGUCUGUGCAAAGAUGGACGCUGUUCCGCUGAGUACAACGAAGGAUUCCUAGAGUACUUUAACAGGACUACUCUUCAGUGGAUCCCCAUAUGCGAGAAACGAUUCACCGAGCGCAACGCGCAAGUGGCGUGCCGACAACUCGGUUACGAUACCCUCAAUGUCUACGUGUCGUACGAUCGUAGAUACGAGCUUCAUCCUGGAUCGUUGACGCGCGUCUGGUCUUGGCCCGAACCAUUGCAAUGUUCCGGGAAGGAGCAGAGUCUCGAGGAGUGCCAGAUCAGAUUGAACGGCCAGCUGUUCGGUCACCGUCACGAGUGUUCGUGGGACGGACAGUUCGUCUUUCUACAUUGCGGCAAACGGAAUUUGGACGACGCGUACGAUUACUGGGGUGGGAUACGCAUCGCGAACAGCGAAUUCGAGCAUCACUUGUACGAGCAUCGCAUUCACGACGUCGUUACUCACGAAACGGUCCGACGUAUCGAGUCGAUCCUGAAAUAUAUCAAUAUAACCGGCGCUGGGAUAUUACAUUUCGAGAAGUCGUCUGCCGUGCAAUCGAUCAUGAAGUCACCGACAGUGGUGCGCGUUAAUAUAGACCGCAGCGCUUAUCACGGUGUCAAUGUCGUAUCUCCCACGCACACGGUGGAAUUGUUAUUCAAUACAAUUGACAAUGUUCUCGGCAACGGCGUGAACGUACUGUCUUUGACCGGAGAAGGCCGCGAAGCGGACGAGAGCUCCUUUACGCCAAUCAAGGAUCUCAAUAUCCCGUAUCACCUGUUCAGCAUGGUCGACAUAUGCGACACUGCUAAAGAAAUCACGAUUGAGGAGCGCGUGAUCGUCUAUUACAAGUACGACAAUUACCCUGUGAAUUGCGUGAAGAUCUUCCGCAGCGCUUACAGAGCCAAGCCAUUCGGAUUCAGGCUUCUACAAUUUAAUCUCUUCAACUCCACCGGAAAACCGGGCCGUGCAGAUGGUAUUACACUGUACGACGGUGAUCUCUACAAUGUCACUUCGAAGAAAAUUGGCCAUUUGGAAGUUAACACGCCUGACGAAAAGAGACUGUUCAGAACGCAAUCUUCCAGUAUUAGCGUGAGAUUCUUCGCGAACGGCGCGAGUAACGUGCACGGUUUUAUCGCGGAAAUUGUGACUCUGCCGAUAUCAGCCAUCGGUUUUAAUCGCGACGUACAGCACAACAUUUCUUAUUCUGUGAUAUCGAACUGUCGCGAGGGCGCGAUUAAGUAUGCCAGUGCCGGCGAAGUGAAUGCCAUGAUGACGAUCGAACGUAAUCAAUUUGUGAACAACUGCGAGAAGCUGUACGGCAACUUCUCCACGUGUAAAUCCGCUCUGUGGCUCGACGUGCAGAACACGCAAUCGUUAUAUUUCAGAAACAACCUGGUGCAGCGGAAUCAAGGCGGCCUCUCCAUUCGUGCUGAUUCCAGAGGUUCGGCGACAUCUCUCAAGGGCUGGAUACACAAUAAUCUUUUCACAGAAAACUUCAACAAGCCUGCGUUGUACAUCGAGGGCCGUCAGAGCAGUCCUUACCAAGAGGUGACUAUAUUCAGGAAUUACUUUACCAAGAACAACGCUCCUUACGACAAUAACAUCGUGCUGAAGCAAGUAGUCAGCAACAUGACGCUCAAUUACUUGCACGGAAACCUCGGUAUGCACUUGCUGGAAAUUUCGGGAUUCGAGAGGGUUCGCUUACCCAUUUAUCAAAGCACGUCUCACAACGGGUUUUACAAGAACUACGCGGUCGAUCGCGAAGGACGUAGCACCAUUAUUGCGGGUACACCUGGCCAGCAGUACGUCGACAACGUGUUCUUCAAUCCUGACAACGAUUACGAGAUGCUCACGACUAACAGAUCUCAUAAUCAUUCGUCUUUCAGACAACUGGAGAUGUGGAGGUCUCACGUAGACGCGCGGCACAACUGGUGGGGAUACAACGAGACGUUAGCGGUAGCGGGACGUAUCAGGGACCGUGGAGACUCACCUGAGCUGCUGCAGGUCGAUUAUCAACCCUUCCACAUGAAUAACAAGUCGGUGUUAAACGGCAAGUGUCCGCCCGCGUGGGAGCUCGUCGGUGACACGUGUUACAUAUUAAUCGGCGCACCAAUGGACUUCUACAGCGCGCGAGAUUUUUGCAGAUCGGCGAACGCAUCCAUGCCGUUCAUUAUGGGAGAUUAUCUGGCACUCUGGAAAUUCGCGCGGAAGCAGCAGGAGCGAUUCGACUAUUCGGAGCGUGUGUGGGUACAGCAGCUAGAACGCGUCGAUCAGUGCACAAUGUUUACGUAUCAGACUAUUGAGAUCGACCACUGCUCGCAGCCUAAUUCAUUUAUCUGCGAGAUCGAUCCCAAAGUGAGCAUCGAUCCUCUCUCAUGGAGAAAAGAUAUCGUCGCGGUGGGUGUUCUGGGAGCAGUUGGUGUCGCGCUCGCCUUGCUGACCGCGGCUGUUGCGCUCUGGAUAUCUAAAUCGAAGAAACGCAAGCUUGAGAGGCUGGAACGACGUAAUUCCAUCAGACAAUCUCUGCACUCGCUGCGGUCAGUUGGUUCCACGUCAGGCUUCACGGAGCUUGCUUAUCGACGGAAACCCAUCGCGACCAAACAUUCCACGGACACUCUGAACUCAAAAUCGUUGGACUACAAGCGCAUGCUGAACGGUGGCAGCUUAGACUCGAUGGAUAAAUCUCAGCUAAACUCCUCGAUAGAAGACAAUCAGAGUUACGACGUGUACGAGGCUCACAAUCCACGGUAUUCGCCGAGCACGAGCGAUUUUAAGAAUGCGCAGAAGUACAGCACGGGGCAGAGUGUCGACAAUCCGGUCUUCGAUCUGGCGUAUCGCAACGAGGGCUUCCGCAAUCACUCCACUUUCGCAGCGAGAAACGCCGCGACCGCCUCCGAUUGGCCGUCGCAGCCGAACGUGCAGGCGGCCUCGAUAAACGAGAGUCCCAGGACGGAUCGCAACGAGAGCUCCUCGUACCUCAACAACGCGUCCACGCUGCCUCUGCACUCCAGCCUCGCGUUCACCGACUCGAUAAGCGAGCUGAAACGCGACAUCGAGACGUCGACUGCGUACGAUCCCGUGGAGUACGACUCGAGACGCACCUACGACACAGCGACGUUAACGCCCAGUCAGGCAUCCGAGCCGGUUCCGGAAUACGCGCCGGAUUUCCGGCCACCGGUGCCGCCGCAUCCCUAUCACUACGAGGUCGAGAGCAGGCCCAGGAGUGAGGCGCUGCUGGAAACCAACUUCGACACUGGCGAGGAGAAGCCGUUGCGCUCGAAGAGCGAGGCCCUGCUCGAGACGAAUCUGGACGCGUUCCUAGUCAACGAGCCCACGGAACUCACGCAACUGUCGGCGACUGCGAGGAGCAAGAGCCAACCGCUCGAAACAGCGAUGUAACAUGUAGUGUUAUAGACUAUGCAACUCGAUACUCGAAUACCAGCGUUGUCUACAAUUAGGCACAAAUUGGAGCGUGUGCCAAACAUCUUCUCAACGAGUACUGCCAGCUACGACAAUUGCACAUUGAUGGAAGACUUCAAGCUGCUCCUUGAUAAUCUGCUGCUGAUUCAAGCAAUCUGUGCCAUUUCACACGAUGAGCACGAACUGAAUUGAAAUCGUUGGAAUACACGCACAAUCCCGGUUGCUACUGGCUAAAGUAGUUAAACCAGGAACAGCAGCUCAAACAACGCUGACUCGUUAGGUGAUAAAAACUGAUAAAAUAAAACUUACAAAGCGUCUAUCCUGCCGAGAAGAGUGCGCGAAAACUCUUUAUUAAAUUGCAAUUUGAGAUGCGUAUACGAAUUAUUUAUAAAAACGCCGAAUUUUGACGUAAUUAAUAAAUGAAUUUUGAACACGAAUCUUAUCUUAACACUUAGUAAGAGUGCACAAAACGCAUGCAAGUUCUGUACAAGACUAUUUAUAGGACAGUGUCACGUUAGAAUUUAAACUCGACCGGAGAUUAUACACAGUGUCAAAAGUUUUUUAAUAUUAGAUAAUUUUCGUUACAUCGAGAUGUUGAUAAACGUACAAGUUGCAAGUAGCAAUCCUCUUAUUCAAUGGUAGAGAGGAGGAUCUCGACAUUCGAUUCGGUCAAUCUUUUAUUAACCCAUUAAUGGCCAACGUUCCGUUCCUGAAACGUGGAGACAUUUAAAAUCUUUAGAAUAUAAUUUCUAGAUUAAUUCUAAGAUUUGUAAAAACAAAUUUAUAUUGUUCCCUUCCAUAAAAAUAAGAAUUAUUAGAUAGUAGAAUUAGAUAGUUGGUUUUUUGAGAGAAUAUCUUUUUAAUUUUGGCCUUAAUGAGUUAAUGACGCUUGAAAAUGCAACGUAUGCCUGAUACGUGCCUGAUACGUUGCGUCGUGCAUUAUGUGUUCCAAAGAAAAUGAAUCGUUAUUACAACGACGUGUUACUUAAUCCCAAUUACUUUCACGUGGUAUUUAGUACCACUAAUCUAAUAGACUGUUAGUAACGCACCGUUAUUCAUCGAGUGAUGUGAGCGUGUAUCUUUACAUUAGACAAACUUUGUAGAUAUAAGAACUAUUUGUUAAGACUUUUUACGAUAGAACAAGUAUUUAUGAUCAAUUAUUGUGAACAUUUUUGAUAUGCACGUCUGUUGACAAAUUAUGAACAUAGUACAAGAGUACUGUCGUGCAUACUGAUAAAUUUGAUCGCCAAGAGAAGAUUAUAUAUUAAUACAUGACGUAUUAAAAAACAAACGCAAAAGCUGCAAUCAAUUAAUUCAAGUAAAUCAUUGGUGAAUUUCUUGCGAUUUAUUAAUUUCAUUACGACGAAGCCAUAAGAAUAAAAGUAGAUUUAGUAUUUUCUCAAUCAGCAUUACGCGUCAUUAUUGUUCUUUACUAAAAACAAUAUUGGAGUUGAAACGUGUGCAUAUAUAUCAAACUGAUCAAGGUGUCUCUUUAUUAGCCUAAGAGCUAUAUAUAAUAGAAAAGAAUAAUUUUUUUAUAUAUCUGCUGUUAAUGACAUUAAGAACUGGGAGUUACCAAAAGUGGCGAAUUUAAGAUCAUGGUGCAGAUACGUGGCAUCACACUGCCAGGCGUAUCCAACGUCGUACAUACACAGUUGUCGCGAGUAUUAAUAGAUUAAUAAUUCAAUUGUUUUAGAUAUACGCCUUGAUGAAGGUCUCACUGCGAGCUGUAAAUGGAUAUGCUCUAUAUUUAUGAAAUACUCGUGCGCAACGUACGUAUUUCAACACAUAUGUAUUCAUUACAUGAUUACAUAUGGAUAUUACACUGCGAUAAAAUGUACAUUCGCUGCGAAAGCGUAUCUUCUUCUUUCUAGAUUUCGCGAAGGUAACUUUUACACGCUACUAGAUAGGUUUAUUCUACUAUAAUAUUCCCUUCUUAUAUGUAAGCAAGGUGAUCUCACCAAAAGUUAUUCUUUAGACGUUUUUGUAUACCUGCCUUUAGCAAAAUAUCCGUCCAUAUACCGUAGGUUUAGAGCAAUCACAAGCGAUAACUGCCUUUUUACGAGGCGCUCAAUAAAUAAGAUAUUCUAAAUUUUUGCUACGAGGAGAGAGAUUUAAUGAAAAAGAUCUAUAAGAUUUUUAAGAAUUAUGCGUGCAAUGUGAAGCACCCAUUCAUGUAUGUAUGAUACCUAAUACGAUUUAAUUAUAUAUAAAUAUAGGCUGCUGUAUCUACGCUUUUUUUUCUCAACAAUUAUCGUUAAGAAAUAAAAAUUAUGUAUUUUCUGUGUAUAAUAGAGUGUGUUAGCAGAGAA